AUGGUGCAGUUCCGGGCUUCAUUGUGGCGCUUCUGCCUUUUGUCUCUGCCUCUCGCCUCCGCAUUGACCCUUCCUCAAAAGGUUCUGUCCGAAGGCGAUGGCGUCUACGAACUCUCGAACGACGAUCUUACGCUGAACGUGACGGAAGUCCAGUCCGGCGAGAUUGCGCCGUUCACCUUCACCUCGUCCAACGCACGAUCAUGCGAUAACUUCGACCCUGUUAACUUCGACUACGAUGUCGCUAUCAUUGGCGGUGGCCCUGCUGGUCUGGCUGCUUCCAUGUCCCUGGGCCGAGUUGCCCGUACCUCGCUCAUGUAUGACUCGGGCGAAUACCGCAACGGCAAGACCCGAUACAUGCACGAUGUGCUGGGCCAAGACGGCAAGAGACCACUCGACUUUCGUAUCGCUGUUCGGGGUCAGAUCGAUAUGCACUACUCCGACUACUCCAAGCGUGCGACCAGCGGAUUGAAGGUCACUGCCAUCCAGCCUCUUACAAAGGGCUUCCGGAUCUGGGAUGAGAACGAGGGCAAGAUCAACGUCCGAAAGGUCAUCCUGGCCACGGGUAUUACUGAUAUUAUGCCCAAAAUAACCGGAUUUGACGAAGCUUUUGGACGAGGCCUCUUCUGGUGCCCCUGGUGCGAUGGCUUUGAUUACAAGGGCCGAGCGAUGACGAUCAUCUCUAAGCCCGGUAAUUUCCCCGGCGCCAUUGCAAGUGCCUUAGCAAUGAGCAAGUUGACGAGCAACAUCAAAAUCGUCGCUAGCGUUAACACUAAGCUCGAUGACGCUGAGAGAGCAGCGACCGAGGCGAGAUGGCCUGGAUGGGAAAAGACUUUAAAGACCUACGGUAUCGAUGUCUACUACGGCGUUGUCUCCAAGAUUGAGCGAACCGCCAAGGGUGGAGAGCCUUCUGAUGACGAGUAUAAAAUUACCAAGAGCGGGAGCCCGUCCACAUUUGUCACGAACGGAAUCCUUUACAGCACAAGCACCAAGCAGACCUCGAGUCUGCACAAGCAGCUCCACUUGCAGAUGGACGGAAGUUCGAUCAAGGUCGCAGACAACAUGGAGAGCAGUAUGGGCGGCGUCUUUGCCGUUGGUGAUGCCAAGGGCGGCAGCACCAACGCCUAUCACGCCAUGUGGAGUGCUAAGCGUGCGGUCGUCAACAUCCACAGUGCCAUCAACAAGGAGGAUUAUCUCGACAAGGUCCCCGCGACGAUGGUUAUGGCCGAGGGUGGCGACGAAGAAUUCUACCAACGCCAGAUCGACGAGCUCAACUGGCAGAUGGACCAGGACAUCCUGGAGAUGGCAAAGAUCUGGGGUGCUUAA